UUGUGCUGACUCUGUGGUCUGUGGGAUUCCCGUUUCACUCAUUUUGGUGUUUGCUAUCUGCUACAACGCCUAAUUAGUAGUUUUAUAAUGAAAUAACUAGUGUUUUUGGUAUACAACCGUUACACAAAAGAUUAUUACAAUUAAUCUCAAGAACUCAUACAAACAUGGAUCCAAAUCCCAUGGAUCAAAAUCUCAUGGAUCCAAAUCCCGACUUCAUUGCUGCCUUAAGAGAUAUAUAUCCUGGGCUUCCAGAGGAUAUUGCAAACAACAUGAUACAGAUAGCUGAAGAAAAUAAUCCUGAUGACACUUUCGAAGCGAAAUUGAACAUUAUGGUCAAUUUACUUUCUGGGUACGAAGGAGCUUGUAAUAUACCCAUCGUCAAUGAGGAAUUAUUAUUGGACCAACACUACGAAGUUUUGAUGCAGAUGUUCCCUGACGCCAACCCCGAUUUUAUGUUGCAGUUCUGCCAGGAUCAGAUGCCGGAUUUUAAUUUGAAUGUGGCUGUCCAGAGGCUAAUUACAGACGGUUACCAAAAAAUCGAAGUGGAUCCCUUAUCGAUUUGGGAGCAGUUGAAGGACGCUUUGCCCAAUGCCGAUCCCACCUACCUGAAGAAGGAAGCCGAAAGAUUGGCCUUACUGACCCCAGACGAUGUGUCUAAUUUUCUUCAGUGUGCCAUCGAGGAAAACGACUAUCCCACCAUGAAGGAAUACUUGCAGCACAAGAAAGAGCAGGAAGAACUAGCCUUCUACAAGCAGUUCGAUAUCGAUAAAUUCUUAGAAGCUAUACCGAAUCCGGUAGAUUGGUUUAACGAUCCCAACCGCUCGGUAUCCCUAGACGAGGAGGCCGACGAGAGCGACGUACAAUAUGCCCGGACGUUCCUUUACAACAACUACAGCUUCAUCAGGAAAAAGUACAUCGACCUCCUGUUCGAUUGGAAGAACAGGAACCUCGCAGAAAUCUGCGACCGUCUGGACAGAAUGAGUAAGAGCAUGAGACGACCCCGCCCUCAGGAGAAGAACGUAGACAGUUCGAAUCUGGCUCUCUUGCAGGAGAUAGCGUUUUUAAAAAACCAGAAGAUGAUAAAGCGGGAGCUCAAGCACAGGGAUGAGGUGUAUAAGAUGCAGAGGGAAGAGGCGAUCAAGUACAAUCUCCUCCAGGAAUGUCAGUGCUGUUUCGACGGCGACUUGAUACCCGAGGAGUGCUAUUUCUGCCUGAAGGGCUGCGUCUUCUGUAAGGAGUGCGUCAGGAGGGGGGCGGAGAAUAUAAUCGGAAACGCCGGGAUGAGGUUCCCGUGCUUCGCCACCUGCGAUUCGGAAUUUAGCCUCCACACCUUGCAGAUGGUCCUGCCGAGGAACACCUUCGAGAAGCUCGCUCAAAAUAUCGCUAUCGAAGAAGCGAAAAGGGCCAACAUCGAUGGCGUGGAAAUGUGUCCGUUUUGCGACUGGAUCGUCGUCGUGCCCGACGAUAAGAAAGUCAUCAAGUGCUGUAAUAUGGAUUGCAUGACGGAAUCGUGCCGGAUGUGUCGUCACGUAUCGCACAUUCCCUUAAAGUGCAACGAGGUCGAGUACGACGAGGACGUCAGGAGGAGGACCUACAUCGAGAAUAAAAUGACUGAAGCCCUGACAAGGACGUGCCACAUGUGCGGCAAGAAAUUUAUAAAAGAGAGCGGCUGCAACAAGAUGACCUGCGUGUGCGGGGCGAGGCAGUGCUACCUGUGCGGGGCGGCCGUCCAAGAUUACAACCACUUCGGGGAGGGCAGGUGCCCCCUCCACACGAACGACAACCAAAUUAACCUGCAGCGAGUGGUGGCGAGCGCCGCCAACGCCAAACAGGAACUCGGCGACGUCCUGAUCAAGUUCGACCCCAGCAGAAAUAUCGAAGAAUUUUUCAGUUAAUUCGAUUUAACCGAAAAUAGGGGAGUGUUUAAUGGCUUUUUUUUUAAUGGAUUUAAUUAAUAUUUUCUUGCAUUUAUUUCGAUUUAAUUUACUUUAAUCAAAUUUACUCUGUUUGUGUGGAUGUGGGGACGGAGUAUUAUUAAUAACGUAUUUGUAUCUGUUUUGUAUAAUAAAUAUUUUGUAUCCACUUGUUGUAGGCAAUGGCAGUACUGUAUGUUAUCAAACAUAUUUUUUUUGGAUUUUUGCAAUAUAAAUAAAGUUAUAUUCAUGUGCAAA